AUCUUAAAUUGAAACUAACAAAUUUAUAAGCUGCGAAUUAGAAUUGAAUUAAACAAUAUACGAUAUUGGCAUUCAUUAAUACUUAUGAAUUUUUAAUUCGAUCUGAGCUAAUUUCGUGUGUUUUGUGUGCUCGUGAAUUUGCAUAUAUUUUGAAUAAAUUGAAUUGACAUUAAUCGCUUCGAUCAGUUGCAGAAAACGAUACAGAAAGGGCGAUUCCAGAACAUAUAAGCUCCAUAAACUGAACGCAUGAUGUGCAACAAAAGUGCAACGAACACUGAAAACUGUCGCAAUAACUGAAAAAACGAGAGAAAAAAGAGAGAGAACGACAGCGAGAUCGCGAACGAGAGAAAUCAAACUACGCAACUCUUUGUCAAACGAACGAGAGACAAUGCACGACUUUCUGCUCUUGCCCGAGCCAUAAAGUGAAGAGCGUGUUUAAUCAAAGCACGAUAACUAAUUGAUUUCCCCUAACAUCCUAGAAUAAACGUAACCAGAAACAAAUUGAAAAGCAAUAGAUUUUCAGUACAACGAGAGAUUCGAAAUAAGUUUGUGACUAACGAGAGGAAGUAACGAGUAAGGCGCCAUGGCAAUGCUCGAGGCACGGCCUUAUAGGCCAUUUAAAUCCAGCGAGGAAUAUCUGGAGGCAAUGAAGGAGGAUCUCGCCGAAUGGCUGAGUACCCUGUAUCCAGAACUAAGCAUUAAUGCUGAAAACUUUAUGGAUCGACUCGACACGGGAGUUGCUUUAUGCAAGCACGCAAAUUAUGUGCGGCAAGCGGCUGAGGGAUAUUUGGCCCGGCGACAGGCGCGCAACAAAUCAAUGACACGCUCGAUGACUUCCGGAUUGGCGGGACCGAUACUCGCCCUGGGCAAUGUCCAUUAUCUGCCGGCGGCCAAGAGCGGCACCUUCUUCUCCCGCGACAAUGUGUCCAACUUCAUAACCUGGUGCAGAAAGAGCCUUAAAAUCAUCGAGUGCCUAUUGUUCGAAACGGACGAUCUGAUAAUGCGAAAGAAUGAGAAGCAUGUGAUUCUCUGUCUCCUUGAGGUGGCCAGACGAGGGGCCAAGUUCGGCAUGCUGGCCCCAAUGUUGGUGCAAAUGGAACGACAAAUCGAUCGUGAAAUUGCGGCCGAUAACAAAGCCAACGGCGUCGGUUGUGGCACACAGACGAGCAACGGCUGUGCGGAAAGUGGCACCCAAACGGAGGCGCCACCAGCCGGUUCUGAAUGCGUUGCCGUUGAAACAGAUCUUUACGACAGCGAUACCGAGAAUGAGGAUGAAAACGACAAGGAUCCGAUGCUGAUGUAUGGACCUCAACCACAGAUCGUUACCAAUGAUCUCAAGAGUCUCGAUGAGAUGGUCAGAGAUUUGGUGGAGAAAUGCACAUGCCCCUCACAGUUUCCUAUGGUACGCGUCUCCGAGGGCAAAUAUCGAAUAGGCGACACCAAAGUCCUCAUCUUUGUGCGCAUUCUAAGAUCCCAUGUGAUGGUACGUGUGGGCGGUGGUUGGGAUACGCUCUCGCAUUAUCUGGAUAAACAUGAUCCUUGCCGUUGUCGUGCCCAGCAUCGCGUCUCCAUAACUGCACGCCUGAUGCCCAGGAACGGUAACAGCAGCAGCAACUCCCAAUCCGGCAAUGGAGGCAUCGAGCUGCACAAUGCGCAGGUGAUAUACGAACGCUCACCGCAUGCACCUCGUCGCGUAAUGCCAACGGUUGGAAUGGCAGCUGGAACUGGAUCUGGAACUGCCACUGGUUCCGCAUCACCUACAGCUGGCACUGUGGGAACACUUGGUGUGGGAACAGUCAAUGCCAGCUUGUCGCCGAGUGCAAUUGCCGGCAUUGCUGGCAAACAUCGCAGUCGCAGUCCGACACCGCAGCGCAAGUUUCUCAAUCAGACGAACAAUGGGAACAGUUCGAACAUGGAACCAUUACCCGGUUCACCACAUCUAACCAGACGCAGCAUGUCGCCCACUCAGCGUCGCUUGAUCAGCGACAUGCGAAAAAAGCAAAAUUCAAUGGAAUCCAAAUCGUUGCCGAAUGCAGAGGAAACAGCUGGUGCUGGAGCUGGAACUGGAACUGGAGCACAGCCAGAGCAGAGCAGCAAAUUUGAGAACAUCAGCGACAAUGGUAGUGAAAUUAGCGAUGAAGGUUAUCGCAGUCUCGGAGUGAUCCAAUCGACGGCCCAGAAACGCGAGUCUCUCCACAGUCAGGCCUCCAUUGAAGAUGCUGAAAGCAAUGCGCGUCUUGAUCAAACGUCGAGCGACUCGCAGAUCUCGCCCACGGAUGAGCCGGAGCCGGAGCAGGAGCAGGAGCAGGAAAAGUCAAAUCACUCGCUUAAGAAGCAUGAAAAGGAGCAGGAACAUGAACAGGAGCAGGAGGAUGAGAUUUAUGCGGUGUGUGAAAUUGAUGGACCCCAAUCUCUGCCUGCUGUGCUGGCGCUGCCCAAGCAAUCGAAGCUGCUCCAGCAGGCAUCCUACGUGGAUCACAACAAGUUCGAGCAGUCGGGUGUGUUCAUCACGGAUGACGAGAUAACAGUGACUACGGAAAGUGUUCAACCGGCUGGGAACAAGAUGCCCGGUCAGGUGCAGACUGUGACGCCAGCGGGCAGCAAGAUUCCCAGAUCUCCGCUGGCGCAACGUCGUCGCAGGAGCAGCAUUGAUAACAGCACCUGCAGCGGCGCCGGCGGCAGUCUCCAGGAUCUGAGCACACGUUCCGGAUCCUUGCCACUAAAUCGCAAGCAGCCCGUCUACCGAUCCGGGCGUCGUCCAACAGCUCCAACGGUUCCAGGAGCUACAGGAGCUGGAGUGUCACGUGGCAAGGCAUCGCAGCUGCCUCUGGUGCGGGAUGUGACCAAUACAUGGAGCGGACGCAGUGCAGCCACCGCUGUGCCGACCAAGAAACGUCCCACAAUCAACACGGAUACAUUUGCACCGCCAGCAACGACAUCCACAUCACCAUCGGCCUUUGAUCGCAGUGUGAAGACGCGAUCCUCGCAGAUCCUCUACGACAGCAAUGGGAGACGAGUGCGAGGAUGCACUAGCUCAUUGACCACAUCCCCAGUGAAGAAUCAUGCCUCGUCACCGCUGGCCCAGCAGCUGCUCGAGGCGGCCAGCAGUGCCAAGAACGACGCCCAGAUUCUGGAGAAGAUGAAGACACUGCUCUCACGCUAUGCCGCUGGCAAUCAACAACAGCGUCCCGUUUCCGCCGGUGCAGGUACCGCUGCUGGUCCUGGCAAUGGCAAAAAGACGCCCGUCGUCUAUGAGGACUUCACCACGGCGUGGGUGCACACCAAUGGCAAUCCGGAGCGUUCCGAGAGCUGCUCCCCGCCAGCGAAGGCGCGUUCCAAGCGCAGCUCUGCCGCCUCCUCCUGCGGGAGCAAUCAUUCGGCAGCUGGAGCAGGUGCAUCCAAUGUGAUUUCGCCGCGUCGGGAGCGUGGCAUGUCCAAGAUUCCGGCACCAGUGCGUCAUCAUACGGAGCUUUAUUAACGGCACGUGCGGACGCCCAGCGUCCAGCCGAUUGCCAUGACCAUGGCCAAGGCCAGGCUCCGAACCAAGUCAACAACGGUCAAUGUCAAACUUCUUCCGAGUGUUUUCUGAAAACGAAGCUGCAAAUGGAGAGGAGAUGAGGAUGCCGACGAGCAGAAGGAGCAGGGGGCAACUGACACGGGAAUAGCUGUUAAAUUAAUCUUAAGGCCAAGCUGGAAUUGUCCGUCUGUGUGUGUGUGUGUUUGUGUAUGUGUGUUAGUGUGGUUGUGUGCGUUGAAUCCGAACCGAACCAAAAGCAGAAGAAGAGAAUGGAACCGUUCCAAUAGACCUCAUGCAGACAAGCAUACGUAUAUAUGCGCAUAUUUACAUAUACUAUAGAACUACAAUCUAUAUCUACAUCAGUAUCUAUAUAUCUACGAGUAUGUAUAAAAGCCGUAAUCAAUAAAAUGUAAUUCGAACUGCCUCAUUAGGUCCCAUAGUGAGCAAUGAUGAUCGGACGACGUUAUUUCUCAUAUCAUUUCAGCGAGUAAUCGUUGCAUUUUUCCACUCGCUACUCGUCACUUCCAAAGUGGCACUUGUUAUUCCAUCUGCAUUUCAAUAAGUAAUUCAACACGUUCUCUUUGCAUUUCUCCACUCGUCACUCGCCAGCUGGUGGAUGGUGAGCUAUCAUUCCUUAUUUUCAAUUGGCCAUCCUAGCAUUUCUACUCGCCACUCGCUUCUUGUUAGCUAGCGUUCGUUGCUUUCAAUUAACUAACAUAUCAUUCACUUGUCUCAGUUCCAUUUCUCUCGCUAAUUGGCACUCGUUUGGCGAUUGUGGCAACAGUUCUUCAGGUCCUUCGAUCACAUUGCACUUAGUGAACCAAACAUUUACAAUCCAAAUUGAGACUUUCAACUAAAAUUUUACAAAUUUCAGCUGUAAACCCUUUUUUUUUCAUAGAACUAAGAAGCAGCGAAGAAGAAGAAGUUAAAGAGAGAAGAACAUUUUAAGAUAUAUGUAUGCAUAAGUGUCGUGAUAGAACUUAGUAGAACCUCUCAAAAUCCCCUCCCUAUAAAGGAAUGCGCAUAAUUUUCUAGAAGUUUUACGAUUAGUAUAAACAUGCAGACAUAGAUCUCACACACACGCACGCACAUCCCCAUGCAAGAAGUGUAUAUAGACAAGGAAGAAGAACUUAAUGGAGGAACGAUUUCGUAGGACUGACUGUUGUGCGUGUGUGGGUGUGUGUGUGUGUGUGCGUGUGUGUGGAUGUAUGUGUGUGUGCUUGCUAUUUUCCGACAUAGUCUUAGAAAAGGAAGAUUUAUUUUUAUACACAAAGCAAGCGACAAAGGAAAAAGCUUUUAACAAGAGAAAUCAAUUUUACACAAGAUAAAGUAGAAAAACAAUUAACGAUAUGAUAUCGUAUGAAAUAUUAUAAAAUAUGAUAAAGUAAACUACUAUAUAGUAUUUGCAGUAGUUAGGCGACAAGGUUCCGAUCAGAGCGUAGAAAAAAACGAAUUUGGUGCUUUACUUAGGUCAAGGCAAACACACACUUACAAUACCAUUUAUAUACCUAUAUAUAUAUCUGUUUCGAUAUACAUAUGUAUUCCAAUUCCCCCUACACUACAAAAUGAGAGAAGCAUUCAAUGACAACAGUCACAAAUUUUCGAAUCUUAAAAACUUACUGAUAUAAACGAUACUAUAUACGAUACUACCUAUAUCGAAUCCCAUAACCUAACUAUAUACUACAUAUGAAUACAGUUAUCAGUUUACAGUUAUCAUUUGACAACAAGAAAGAGAGAAGAACAUUAGCUUAAUUUAACUGCCCGAUGCAGAACUAUACAAAUGAUAUAUACUUACUUGUAUGAAUAAUUUGUUUAUUUUUUUUAAUGUUUUUUUUUUAUAAUUAUUAAAGUUUAAACAAUACUUAGUACGUCGUACCUUUAAAAAGAUAUAUAUAUAUCGUAUAUCGUAUAUGUUUUGUUUAAUAUUUGUUGGAACCGGCCAUAAUCUUCAAUCUUGACGAGUUCUGUUCAAUAUUUGUUAAGCGAUUUGAGUCGAGUGUAAACCAAACACAUAUAAUUAAAUUACAUUUAUAUGAAUAAACAAUUAAACACACAUAUUCUCUAUAUUAUAUAUAUAUAAAUGGAGGAUCCUGGCUCCUAACUAUGCUAAUUCACAGUUAUUACAAAACAUAUACAGACAUAUAUAUACAAUACAUAGAUCAAAUCAAAAAUUCUUUCAGCAAAAAAAUUUACAAUUUAAUUGUUUACAACACACGCACAUACAAAAUGUAAGAACAGCAAUAGCUAUAUAAACUAUAAUUAAAAGAAUACA